UUUGGGGGUCCCAGAGCGUCACGCGAGCCCCGCCCGAGGAAACCGCCACAAGAUCAUUCAAAGAGGGUUUUGUCGUCUAAACUAGUGAUAAAUUCCUAGGUUUUUUGCACCCCACCAAGGGCGUGCCGCAAGCGGCGGCAACAGCCCGUUCAGUUCCGCGCUGUCAGGAUGUCAUCGUCGCUGUCACAAACAUUGUCAGACGCGAAGCACAAAGCUAGAUUUCGGUCGAUUGUGUAGUGAAAACGAUGAGGGUGUAAGAUGAUGGGCGAUCAGUUCCGCAAAGUAGAGCAAUAUUCGCCGAAAUCGUCGCCCAGGGGCGCCCGCUCCCCGGUUGUUUCUCGCCAAGACUCGUCCGGAACCCUCAAAACGACCAUCCUACUAGGAAAGAACCCCUCCAUAGUCCCCAGCGGGCCGUUCUACCUGCUCAAAGAGCCGCCAGGCGAAAGCGAAAUCACUGGCGCGACCAACUUGAUGACCUACUAUGGCCUGGAGCACUCGUACAGUAAGUUCAGCGGCAAGAAGCUCAAGGAGCAGCUGUCGUCGUUCCUGCCCACCCUGCCCGGGGUUAUCGACCUGCCAGGCCAGUCGGACAACAGCUCGCUGCGCAGCGUGAUCGAGAAGCCCCCGGUCGGGGGCAAAGACCUGCUGCUGCUCAGCAGCGCGCAGCUCGAAGGCUUCCGGCUGCACCCCGGCCCGUUGCCCGAGCAGUAUCGCUACACCACGUCCACACCGCUGAAGAAACGGAAGAGCAAACACAAGAAGCACAAGCACAAAGACGGGGGGCCCCCGUCGGCUGAGACCGCGGUGACGGACGCCGCCGGCGACACCCACGAGAAGAAGCACAAGAAACAGAAACGGCACGACGAGGACAAGGAGCGGAAGAAGCGGAAAAAGGAGAAGAAGCGCAAGAAGCAGAAACACAGCCCGGAGCACAGCGGGGGGCUGACGCCCAGCCAGCACUCCAGCUAGGGCCCCGGGCACUCAAAGACUGCGUUCAGUGUUGCCCGAUUUAAUUCCCCAUCCGGCCCCCAUCUUGUACAUAGACUGCAUAAAUACCUGUUACACAC